AUGGUUUCAUCCACAAAAAUAACUAAAUUUGCUAAGCCCCGCACUGGAGAAUCGUUUUAUGAAAGUUUUGAAGAAAUCUCCCUCAAGAAUGCCGUUUUGACCUACAUGUCAUUUUUGAUACUUAACCUUUUGGGACGACUACAAGAUUUUUUGCGGAAACAUGGGCUUCUUAACGACCCAGCUGCCAAAGAGAAAGAAGUUACUAGAUCGUUUGUACCCCUCUACUCGGACUAUGAAGCUUUUUAUACAAGAAAUAUCUACCGUCGCGCUCGGGACUGUUGGAACCGGCCCAUUUGUUCCACUCCUGGACCGGAGAUGGUUCUCAUGGAUCGCGUUUCAUCUGAUAGUUGUUGGACAUUUGAGCAAGUCAUUCUAAGCAAACUACGCUGCUUGAUGACAAACACCACUACUAAAGUGUUAAACUUUGGGUCCUAUAACUACCUCGGAUUUGCAGAACCAUCUGGCCCAUGUAUUGAAGCUGACGUGAAAUCAAUUGAAAAGUAUGGACUUGGCGUAGCCAGCUCCCGACUAGAGGUUGGUACGCUGGCUGUUCAUGAAGAAUUGGAAAAACUUGUUGCUGAAUUUGUCGGUCAAGAAGCUGCAAUUGUUUUCGGGAUGGGAUUCGCCACAAACGCUCUCAACAUGCCUUGCAUAUUUGACAAGAAUUCUUGCAUAAUCAGCGAUGAAUUGAAUCACACCAGUCUGAUUUUGGGCUGUCGUCUCUCUGGUGCCACAAUUCGACGCUUCAAGCACAAUGACAUGCAAGAUCUGGAACGACUUCUGGCCGAUGCUGUGGUCUAUGGACGUCCUCGAAGCCGAAGGCCAUUCUCCCGCAUUUUUAUAAUUGUGGAGGGCAUCUAUAGUAUGGAAGGCAGCAUAGCGCACAUGCCGGAGAUAAUUGCACUGAAGAAGAAGUACAAGGCCUAUCUCUACGUGGAUGAGGCACACAGCAUAGGAGCACUGGGACCGCGAGGUCGUGGUGUAGUGGACUACUUCGGUUUGGAUCCGGCUGACAUCGACAUCGCCAUGGGCACCUUCACGAAGAGCUUUGGCUCGGCCGGUGGCUACUUAGCCGGUUCGGCGCGCCUCAUUGACUACGUGCGCACUCAGUCAUACAGCUCCAUUUACGGUGGCACAAUGCCCGCUCCAGUGUGUCAGCAAAUCGUCACAUCAAUGCGAAUUAUCAUGGGUCGUGAGUGUCCUGGAGAGGGUGAACGGAGCAUUCCUGUCUUCCUCAUUGGAAGUGCCGCAAAUGCAGCUAUUGAACCGGUCUGCAGAUUUGACGGAGAAUUGUGUGCUACUGUUAGAUAUGUCGUCAUGACUCGGCCUGUUGAAACAGGCUCAUGGGCCCACCUGCACCAGAUGGGACUGAUAAUCUUCGGUAAUCGUGACAGUCCAGUCAUUCCCAUUAUCCUCUACAUGCCCGGUAAAUUGGUCGCCUUCUCGCGAAUGUGCCUUGAACGUGGCCUUGGUGUGGUCAUUGUCGGCUUCCCUGCCACUGGGCUUCUUGCCUCGCGAUCGCGAUUUUGUAUCUCUGCUGGGCAUACAAAAGAGAUGCUGGAUAAGGCCCUCAGAGUGAUUGCAGAGGUGACAGACGAGCUGCAUCUGCGUUGGAGCAGGCUGCCUCCACCCUACUGGACCAAAGUCUACAUCCACGGAAAUAGGAAUGGCGUGCAGAAGAACAAGGCAUCUGUGCUCAGUCUGCCCAAUGACCAUCAGACGAGUGAAAAUGGCGAUGACGUGAGGUGUCGUGGGCGGAAGACUUGA